ACUCCCUCUGGCCUUUCGUUAUAUUCAGAACCCAGCGGGCUAUCCGAGUUCGAGACUCCAAGUCUUUCUGUUCAGAAUUUUGUUGUGGAAUUGGCUUUAAAAGCGGCGUGCCGUAACUACAUCGCUACGAAGGCGCGUCUCUGCUGAUUGGUCCAUCAGCACAGAGUUGGAGGUAUCCCUCAAGAACGAACAGCCUGCUAGCUACAAGCUACUGCACCGAUACUGUCGAUACAUCCUCGCUUGGAAAAAUACUCAAUACCUCUACUGUGGGUCUACAUGAUAAGGUCCUUCGCCCUGUCCCCCGCGGCCGCCCUUGCUGAUGGAGCAGAGCUCCCACACCUCGGGCUAACGGAGCACCAUGUUCCCCUGCCACACGUCCUCCUGGUCCUCCACCCAGCAUCCGGUGCCCUGCGGCCCCAGCCAGCCCCCUCCACCAGCCCAGCAGACCCAGACUCAGCCCCUGCCUGACCUGCUGUGCAGCUGCCCGGCGCCCGCCCUGACCGCCGUGCUCCCCGCGUGCCCUCCGGCCAACUCCGACCCCAUGGAGUCCCUGAUCGUCAUCACGGAGUACGAGCCCAGCCUGCCGGACCCCCACAGCGGGGACGAGGAGGUGGAGGACAUGGACAGUUCCGAGACCCCCGACCCCGCCCGGCCGCUGCUGGCCCCUGAAUCCUGCGACCUCCUGCUGUCCCACAGCGUGGGGGGGGCGCUGCUGGCUGCACCGCCCAGGGGACGGCUCAACAUGUCGGACAGGAAGCUGUCCCUCCAGGAGCGCUCGCCGACCGCCACCUCCCCCUGCGGCUCCCCGGGCCUCGACGGACGCUACAUCUACCCCUCGCUGCCCUACUCCCCCGUCACCUCCCCCCACUCCUCCCCACGGCUCCCCCGCCGGCCCACCGUGGAGUCCCACCGCGUCUCCAUCACAGACCUCCAGGACUGUGUUCAACUCAACCAGUACAAGCUGAAAGACGAGAUCGGAAAGGGUUCCUAUGGUGUUGUCAAGCUGGCCUACAAUGAAGAUGACAACACGUACUAUGCGAUGAAAGUGCUGUCCAAGAAGAAGCUGAUGAGACAGGCGGGGUUCCCACGAAGACCUCCGCCGCGAGGAGCUAAAAUCCCAGAGGGCAUGCCUCAACCCAAAGGACCCCUGGAGAGGGUAUACCAGGAGAUUGCCAUCCUUAAAAAGCUCGACCAUCCCAACGUGGUCAAGCUUGUGGAGGUUUUGGAUGACCCUAGUGAGGACCAUCUGUACAUGGUGUUUGAGCUGGUGAAGAAAGGGGCUGUGAUGGAAGUUCCGGCUGAAAAGCCUUUCAACGAGGACCAAGCCCGCUUCUACUUCAAGGACCUUCUCAGGGGAAUGGAGUUCUUGCAUUACCAGAAGAUCAUCCACCGAGACAUCAAGCCGUCCAACCUGCUGGUGGGGGAGGAUGGCCACAUCAAGAUCGCUGACUUCGGGGUCAGUAACCAGUUCGAGGGGGCUGAUGCUCUGCUGACAAGCACGGUUGGGACGCCCGCCUUCCUCGCCCCUGAGACCCUAUCGGAGACCAGGAAGAACUUCUCUGGCAAGGCGCUGGACAUCUGGGCCAUGGGAGUGACUCUUUAUUGUUUCCUCUUUGGAGUGUGUCCAUUCAUGGAUGAGCGCAUCCUGAGUCUUCACCAGAAGAUAAAGAGCCAGCCGGUGGAGCUGCCACCGCACGCGGAGAUAUCGGAGGACGUGAAGGACCUCCUCCUGAAGAUGCUGGACAAGAACCCAGAGUCCAGGAUCUCCGUCCCCCAGAUCAAGGUGCACCCGUGGGUGACCAGGCAGGGUGCAGAGCCACUGCCGCUGGACGACGACCACUGCUGCCUGCUGAUCGAGGUGACGGAGGAGGAGGUGGAGAACUCGGUGAAGCACAUCCCCAGUCUGGCCACGGUGAUACUGGUGCGGACCAUGCUGAGGAAGCGGUCCUUCGGGAACCCCUUCGACUGGGGCCGCAGGGAGGACCGCGGGAGCCAGAACGCCCCGGCCCCCGUGCUGUCGAAACAGGGGAGCGCGGAUGGUGUGAUGAGUAUGGACCUGCCCUUCGUAGGCCAGGACGUGGCACUCUCCUGAGGCUCUGAGGAGGCGUUUCCCCCUUCCCCCUUCCUGCAGACUACAGCACCACCAAGCACCCCUUUUUACUUCACGCUCACCAACCCACGGAACGGCUCCUCUUCGGGCUGGAGAACGCCAUCUGACGGGGACCACAGCGGUAGGGGCGAGAGUUACACAGUUUCAGAUUUAACAGCUGGAACCUAUUGUGAGUCCGAUUUUUCUUUAAAGGUUGAGGUUGGAUUCCCUUUUUGUCUUUUGGAGGAAUUCCGACGAGGAACUUGUGGCCCUCUUCCCUCUGCUUUCUCUCUCCCUCCUCGCUCUCUCUCUCUCUUACUGCAUGCCCCUGUAGCCCCCCCCCCCCCCCCCCCCACCCGGUUGGUUUCAGCCGUUCUGUGGUCGUGUUUGUAUUAUAGAUCCGCACCACUCGUGGAUGGCUCCAUUUCGUGAUCUUUAACCUCAAACGCCGCCCUCUGUGGUGCUUUUUUCUUUCUUCGCUUUUUUUUUUUACAGUAGGAGAAAUACAGCAACCACACAAAUCUCUUCCCGUUGUAACGAAAGACUAAGCCCAGGUUUACUGACAGUGAUUGUCUGUCCGAUCCACCGUCUCCUACUGACUGCCGUUCUGGCCGGGUUUUGUGAAAUAUAUAUGUUGAGGGAGGUGUGAAGGAAUUGUACAGUUUAUUGAAUUUAAGUGAUGGUAGGCCUCCGUUUACUUAACUAGUAUUAUCUGAACGUUUAUAGUUGCAGAGUUACCGAAGUAGUUGAUAUUUUUUGAUGAUCUUCUUAAUAAGCUUGUUGAAGACUCUCACAGUUCAAAUAAACACAUGGAUCUAUUUCUAAAUACAGACUUUGCUAGUCACCAUGGCAGCAUAGCAUACCAAGUAAGAUUCCCCCUUUCCUCAAUUUGUUCUGAGUUCUGAUUAACCCGACUUAGAACCACCUCAAGACAAACUAAUGUCCAGACAAUUAUGUGAUCAACUGAACCUGUGUUUAACUUGCAGUACAAUUAAUGAGUUAUCAUCUUCAAUUCAGAAUUAACAUCAGAUUAUACCAAAAAACCUAUAAUUUGCAAACGCAACCAACAUCCAAGAUUUGGCA